CAAUUUGCUAACCAUGUAGUAGGACCUAGUCCGUGGUCUACGAGCAAGCCCAUAUUCUUGAUAAGCAUUUUUCCGUGGAGAUUUCUAAUGCAAAGAUAGGUAUACGAUACGAAAUCCUGAUACUUUUCAAACCGGUCGUCUCCAGAGCAAGUAAGCAGAGAAGAAGAAAAUCCAACAUAAUUAAGAAUAAGUCAAAAAAAAACCACGAUCAUGUCACGAGAACGGCCACAAGAUUAAUACGCGUUGUUGGCGCGGCUCUAGGGCUGUGAGUUGAGCAGGGAUGCCCGAAGAAGGUGAGGAGGGCCCUCCAGCUGGAGGAGAGGAGACGAUCAUCCCGGAAACUGGGCUGCAUGUGACCUACACACCCGAGUGGAUAGAAACGUGGAACAAAAAUCCGACCGAGACAAGUAUUGCUAUUGUCUGAGCAAGAUUGAAUCAGAUUUUUUAUACUUUAACCGGAGAUGGCGAUAUGAAGCCGCAACAUCUUGAUCUUUAUUGAUAAAUCUGGAGACGAUGGAAAUGCUCGAACAGAGCAGGACGGUGACGCAAGCAUGGUGGUAGGUGACCUCUCACGAGCUUACUACCACGUCCUCAAGAAUUGGGCGAGUUUACUUCUAGUCCCUAUUCGCAAUAUAUAAGAAGUAUGAUAUAAUGAUCUUUCGUAUUAGAUUUCUUACCGAUAAUAGUCAGUCUUCGGUCUGUGUGGUUCUUAUCCAAGUAACACCUUCCAAUAAGCAGGUAUCCACGAGUUGCGCGAGUUGAGUGUGACGAUUCUAUUCCGGGAUGAGAUCCUCGCUGAUUUCAUAUAUUACAAUCUCAUGCAUUGCCGGAGCAUAUGCUUGUCGACGAUGGGAACAGCGGUUCUACCUUAUACUUAUUUUUCUGCACUGUUGUUGUUUUUUUGGAACGACUCGCUCCUACAUCUACUCUACUUUGCUAUCCCUACUGUUCGUACUCCCACUAGUACUGCUACUUCGUACAACUACUCCUUGUCCCUACUGCCUCCAGCUUGUAUUUUCACUACUGCUUCUAGUCCCACCACUCCUGCUCCACCCACUAAUACCCCUUCCGGCAGAUUCUCCUCUCAAUACUCCUCGUCACUCUCCACUCCCAGAUCUUUUGCACCGUGAUGGAGUCGCUAGCGUUGUCGAUGACAGAAGCGAGUUCAUCUUUCGAGGUUUUGUUCAAGACCUUUGCUAGGGCAAGCUCAGAAAUAAUCCUACUUGUAGUGAGGUAUUUGAAGUAUAUUUCUCAGGAUGAGAGAUCAACAACAUCAUGCUUGGAAUAUUUACUGAGGAUUUGAUUCAUUCGGUGUAAGCAAUUCUUUGUGAGGUCGUACUAUGAAAGAGAUAUCCUUCCUUGUGAGGUUACGUUCACGAAAAUUUAGGGUAAUAAAUGGAUGCUAAAGUAGCUAAGGGUCGUCUAUGUGAAAGAAUCUGGUCGUAGCACCACCACCUUGUCUAACAUCGCGGACCAUAUGAAGCGGCACCAGGAUGCGGGAUAUUUUACAGCAGAAGAGGCGAAGCUGAUGGUGGACUACGCAAUGGGAACAUUCUUUAAGCACUUCACCCUCUAUCGAAUGUGUCUCGAUUUCGUUCAGAAACCAGCCAGGAGAUUCAUGGUAAGUUGCAUUCUACUUUGUUCUUUAAAUUUUUAUACUAGAAAAUAGGUUCUUCGGAAGUUUAACUUUCAAACACCUUGACACAUAUUGAACUACAUAGUUAGUAGUGUGUUGCACCAGUUGCUGUAGAUUCUAAGAAUUACUCGUCAGCAUGUGGGUACUAGACCAUCAAGAUCAACAAGAUCAUUUUCAAGUUUUGAUAAUCAUUCAGUGUGAAGUGGCAUUAGAGGAGCCCUCUUUUCCACCGCCAGUGCUUGUCGGCGCAGAAAAUAUAAGUGAGAAAGCUCGACAAGAGGCCGCUGCGGCAGGUAUUCUUGAGUCCUCUCCUGAACUAAAAUAACUUGAACUUCUACUUUAACUUUAUUCUAGUUACAAUGACAAACAACUACAACGGGACCAAGUAUUAUUUAUAACAACGAAAAUUUAUGUCUUGAUGUAGGUGUAGCAACAAAUUUCAUGCUGCAUGUAAAAAGUUUAGGGAAGAUAAUCCGCACGUCAUCACUGGUUAACUACGUCAUGUUUCACUAGAAGCAAAUAUGGAUCGAAUCCUUCUCCAUUCAUCGUAGACACGGACAAAUCCUUAUUUUUGGUACUAGUGUCCAACAUGAUCGAUAGUGGACCCUUUUUUCCAAAUUUGGAUUCAGUCCUAUUCUGUUCUAAACUUUUUGGUGGAUCCAUUCCUAUCCUAUCCUAUGUAUCGUAAACUUGAUGUCCUAGAUUUGCCUGCGGAGUCAGCCGGAGGAGAGGCGAAGGGCGGAGAGGCUGAGGAAGUAGUAUACGACGGCAACGAAUUGUCACCAGAAAAGAAGAAGAUACUUGAUAUGAAAAUAGCCGAGUCAGAGGGCAGGAUACGGAACAAACUCGGGGAUCUACUCGAAAGAACAACUAAAGGAUAAGGUGGCACGAAACGAAGAGAAAUUAUACUUUACUUAUUUACAGCGUAGGCUGCUCGUGGCAGAAGCAAUUUUGAUGAAACAAACAAAUACGUUUCCAAUUACAUCUGUCUUCUAAUUCUUGACUCCUGAUCAAAUAAAGAUACACAAACGCAAAUAAUCCUUUCCAUUCGCAAACAGUGCGUCGUCUCUGUUACGUAGAUAUGCGUGCAAGUGAGCUAGCGCAUCACUUUGAUUUAAACUAUCAGAUAAUAAGCAUGAACAACGAUCAUGGGAAAUAAAGUUACAUUAUGAACUCAUUUCGGAUCCUCAUGGGGAAUUCCUCUUUUGAUUUUGCCUCGCAACUCCAUUCGAUUAUGCAGCAUUGACCGACCUGAGUACUUUGUAAAAAGCCUGCCAUUUUCAUGAUCCUUGUUAUCAUGAAUCUUGUAUCGUUAU